UGCAAGAAUGUACACCCAAAUUCCCAUACUUCUGACCAUCGCGGGUACUGUCAACGGUUAUGCCUGGAUGGAGAGAAUUGCGAAUGGGGGGCCAGCUGCGACAUUAGACAAGAGAGCUCCAAUCUGCCCUAUCCACCUUGCUCCACAGGGCGCUGCACCGUACAGCGACUACUAUCCCAGCAAAUACACUGGAGCAAAGAACGGAUUGCCGGGCACCGGAAAAGGUGGCGUUUUGGUGCCUGCAGCUGGUGAUACUGCUCAUGCAUACUCUCCUCCUUCUCCAAGUGAUAUUCGUGGACCUUGUCCUGGAUUGAAUAUGGCAGCCAAUCACAACUUUAUCAGUCAUGAUGGCUUGACCAAUUUUGUGGAACUGGUAGAUUUUGCUCAGAAUGUCUUCAAUUGGGGCUGGGAUCUCGCAACCUUCGUUGCCACCUUCGGUAUCGUCAUGGACGGCGACCCAUUUACCAGUCAGCUCUCCAUCGGCUGUGGUGGAGGCAUGCAGAUCCCCAACACUGGUCUCAACGCUCACAACAAAUUCGAGACCGACUCUUCAAUGACGCGUAACGAUUACUUUACUUCACCCACAGGUGAUGCCUACAGCGUCAACGCUACAAUUUUCGGUUACAUGAACGACUACUGCGAUGGCGACUUCACCUUGGGAUGCAUGGGUCCUUACAUGGGCUCACGUUACAAUAACUCUAAGGAGACCAACCCUAACUUCUUCUUCGGUCCUCUGGGUCUCUUUGCCUUUGGUACUGCAACUCUUCCUCAAGAGUCCUUCGCCUCCUACGGCAACGCCGGCACACCUUCUGUUGACACCAUUCAAUACUUCUGGGCGGUCAAUCGCAGCGCAUCGGGUUCUUCCACCUGGAUUGCCAAUCCUGGCCACGAGACUAUUCCACCAAAUUGGUGCAACAGACCGACCGCGCUGUCAUUCGCAGAGAUCUUUGGCGAGACGUCGCAGCUGUAUGCGGAGGCAGGAUACCCUGCAUUUGGAGGAAAUGUCGGUAAGACCGAUGCUUUUGUGGGUUUGACUUUCGAGGCAGGUGGAAUUGAAAACGGUAUUCUCAAGGAUCCCAGUGCCGAGGGGAUUGCGUGUCUGUUCCAGCAAGUGCUUAUGGACACUGUUCCGCAAUCAUUGUCGAUUGUCCUCACGCAAGACCCGAUCGCAUCGGCGUUCGCGAAGACCAAUUUAGCGGGCAUUUUCAAGAGUUUUGGGUGUCCUGCCCUCUAAUGGUAAAGAUUACCAUGUACUGCCUAUUCUUCGUUAUUGCUGCAUCGUUGAUUUUCUCCGAAGACAAUCCAGAUGAAUAUCAACAACAUUCACUGCUGAAUAUGUUCUUCCAUGUAUGGCGAGUCGUGGUGUGAACCGUCGGCCCUGUGAGGCUUGGUUGGCUGCAAGGUAACUCUGCACUGGGCUCUAGAUUUGGCGCUCACGAACCCUUUCGAGGAUCUAAGGAGACUCAGGGGAGUCCCGGAG